GUCGAAUCCCGCGGGUACAGGACACGUGGUCGACCCGCAUCCAUGGGAUAAAUCGGAAAUUACGCGAUGUUGAGACAAUUAAGGAUUGUAUUUUACAAACGCCGGAGUGUUUGCUUUGUAUCGGCGGUGGAAAAAAAAUGAUUGCGAGUUUUCGCUGUUGCUCGAGAGCCGGCCGGAACAUCGUCGGGACGCUUAGGUGAUUUAUCAACGGGGAUUUUUCGGUUUUGUUAAGGGAUUCCUGUAGAUUGCGCGGUUUUUGUUUCUUGGAAGUCGUCGGACCUUCCCGUAAUCUCCCGUUCGGGUUUUUUUUUGUUCGCCAUCCAACGCUUUUGUUUGGAUUGUUCCACGACUUGUUGAGAUAUAAAAAAAUAUGGUGGUUUUUUUCUCUUGUCCGGGACGAGUGAUUUAAGCGUCUUGGGUAUCGGGCGAAAAGUGUAGUUGGUAAACAAAGGGGUGGACAAUUCCGGUCACCUUAGUCAUGCUGUUAUUUAAUUGUCCAUUAACCACCCCUCCUGGUGAAUAUAUUACAAUCUAGACGCGGCGUUUCGAUGACGAUGGAGCGGCAUUUAAUUUUCCAUAAUGCAGUCGAACCCUCAUCCACCCUCCCGCAAUAAACGUGCGCUAAUAUAGUUCCGUGUUCGGCAUGGAAUCCGUCGCUUCGAUAAGACUUUUACGCUUUUCUCUCAUUUGACAAUCGCUAUUCAUUAUGAGCGCCCUUGCUCGAGUGCCAUUUAGUUUGCUCAAACUGUUGCAAGUGUGGAUUAUACUGAUGGCCGCCUAUCCCAGUCUCUCAGAGAACAGUUUAGCACCGGAAGAGUCCAAAAACGGUACAAAUUUCCUAUUAUCGCCGACCUUCGACGACACGCUAACCAGAGAAAUACACGCGAAUGCCGGGCAAACGUUGCUUCUUCCUUGCGCGGUGAAAAAUUUGGGAAACAAAGUGGUUUCUUGGAUAAGGAGCAAGGAUUUGCACAUCCUGACGUCCGGAAGGCACACGUUUUCGAGCGAUAGGCGCUUCGAAUCCGUGCACACGGACAGCUCGGGGGACUUCUGGGGGCUCCGCAUCCGAGGGGCGCUGGUUAGCGAUACCGGACAGUACGAGUGUCAAGUAAACACCGAGCCGAAGAUGAGUUUGGCCAUCAAAAUGAUCGUUUCCGUUGCAGGUUAUCGGAGCCCGCUCGAAGAGCAAUCGGACUCUAAAUGGGUGAGUCGAGCUCUAAUAAAAGGACCGAGCACCGUUUACGUGCCGAACGGCUCUCCGGCGAGCCUUUCCUGCGAAAUAUCGCCGUUCUCGCUGCAAACCGGCGUGCACCGGCUGUUCUUCACCAGCACCACGCAACCGUCGGUUAGGUGGUUGCACGACGGCGAGGAGCUCUCUUCUACGAUCGCGAACGAUAACGUUUCGGUGGAGACUGAGUACAGGGAUAAGGAUCAAAGAAUCUUCAGCAGGAUCCGACUGUCGGCCGUUACGAUGGAAGACAGCGGGCGAUAUACGUGCAUGCAGCCAUCCGUGAAGCCUGACAGUGUCAAGCUCGUUGUAGUCGAAGCAGAACAUUCUGAAGCAAUGCAAAGGGAUUAUCCAAUAGCUUUAGAAUCGUCUGGAACAAACGACCUAAUAAAAACAACAGUUAAUCUACUACUAUCAUCAUUAAGUUUAUUAUUAUUCUUAAAUUAAUCAACGCUAUUUAC